CUGCGUGCUGCGUGGUCUUCGUUGUUGAUCUCCUUCCUGUCGUCUUCAACAAUCUCUGCUUUUAAAUCCAACCCAUUUCACUUCUACUUCCAUUCUCCUUCCUCCUACUCGCGUUUUCUCUCUCUCUCUCUCUCUCUACACACCACCCUCUGCGUAGUUUCUCUUUCUUUUCCUUCUCUCCCCGCAACACUCUGUUUCUUGGUCCAAUCUUACACGCCCAUUACUUGAAUGGCUCAGCCUACACCUUCAGGUAACGAAGAAUGCAAGGACACUGAUUCACUGGUUGUUUGCCUUGGUGAAAUGUUGAUUGAUUUUGUACCAACAGAGGCUGGAGUGUCACUUGCUGAAGCAUCUGCUUUUAAAAAGGCUGCUGGUGGUGCUCCUGCCAAUGUGGCUGUGGGCAUAUCCAGACUAGGUGGUUCAUCUGCUUUUAUAGGCAAGGUUGGAAAGGAUGAAUUUGGAUACAUGUUGGCAAACAUUUUAAAGCAGAAUAAUGUUAAUAUAGCUGGCGUGAGGUUUGAUGCUGAUGCGAGAACUGCACUAGCCUUUGUUACUCUUAGGGCUGAUGGUGAGCGUGAAUUUUUGUUUUUCCGUCAUCCAAGUGCUGAUAUGCUUCUUCAUGAGUCAGAACUUGAUCAAAAUCUUCUGAAGCAGGCUAGGAUCUUUCAUUAUGGUUCCAUUAGCUUGAUUGAUGAACCAUGCAAGUCUGCUCAUCUUGCUGCCAUGAGUAUUGCCAAAAAAUCUGGUGCUAUUCUAUCUUAUGACCCAAACUUGAGAUUGGCGCUAUGGCCUUCAGCUGAAGCUGCUCGAAAUGGCAUAAUGAAUAUAUGGGAUCAAGCUGAUAUAAUUAAGAUAAGUGAGGAUGAGAUCACAUUCUUGACUGGUGGUGAUGAUCCUUAUGAUGAUAAUGUUGUGUUGAAUAAGCUUUUUCAUCCAAAUCUCAAACUUCUAAUUGUGACUGAAGGAUCAGAGGGUUGUAGAUAUUAUACCAAGGAGUUUAAAGGCAGGGUUGCUGGUGUUAAAGUUAAGGCUGUUGACACAACCGGUGCCGGUGAUUCAUUUGUUGGUGGGUUGUUGUACAGUGUAGCUUCUGACCUUAGCAUUUUUCAGGAUGAGAAGAAAUUAAGAAAGGCACUGUACUUUGCCAAUGUAUGUGGUGCCCUCACUGUAACACAGAAAGGAGCUAUUCCUGCACUGCCUACUAAAGAAGAUGUUCUUCAAUUCAUGCUUGAAACAACAACAAUAUAGCACCAAGGAGAGUUUUUUUUUUUUUUUU